GAAACCUCGAAAAUCGAAGCUCUGCGAACGGCCGUCGCUCGCUCGGCGAGGUACGAGACACGACUCGCGGCGUCUUGGCGACACGGCGGUCGUGCCACUGGGUCGUGCCCAUCUCUUGCAGCAUCGGCCGCGCUCAGAGGCAUUACACCUUCCACUCUGGUUGCCUUCGAGGUUCGUUUUGUAGCUAAUCCCAAUGCGUUAUUCUUUAAAGCGAAGUUCGAAGCAAUCGAAUGACACGCGAAACAUGACAGCGGGCCAAUCAGCGACGGCGGCGGGUCGGCGAAGGGUCACAGCUGGCCGAGUACGGUAGGAGCGCAACAGCCCGACGCCUGUGGUUUCUGCGACGACUUGGAACAAACGACUUUUCCUCAUUCCACGUCCGUCGCCGUAGGCAAGAGUUGACUGGUACGCGCUUGCUUCCUCUCCCAGCGCAUCAACUAAACUCUAGUAGACGUAUUCUCACC